AUGGCCUCGGUCGCUCGUCGUAUUUCUGCCAAAAGCCUCACCAAAGACUUGCGCGAGCUGGGCUUUGAGAAGAAGCUGGUCCGCAAGUUCGUAGAUGCCCCCUACAACGUCGAGCAUGCCACGGCCCUACUCAAGUCAUACUCACCACCGGGCCGCAAGCCUAGAAGGGGCAGAUACAAUGAUCUCUGUCUUCACAAGGGCUCACGCAACAAACGUAAGUUGACACUCACGGUGCUACGCCUGUGUCUCGUCCCGAUACUGAUCCAUCCCANNGUCUGGGUGGUCUACGACCCGCUCAAGCACAAAGCGACUCUCGACAGCGACACUCUCUUGCUCACUGUGAGGUUUGCCAUCUUUCAACCUGGCAAUCCACGUCUCAUCGAGUACAACACCAAGACCAUGUCUCUGCGCAUCCGCUCGUCAAGAAUCAUCGUAAGUCAGCAAAUCAAGUACACCGCCAACGGCCCUGUUCUCGAGCCCCUGGGCGAAGAAAACGACUGUGACUCGGAGCCUGCUACCGCCAAAACAAAAGGACAGACCAAAGGAAAGAAAGUCACGAAACCUGCGCCCAAGUCAAGCAGCGAUUCUGAGCUCACGGAAAUGGAGUCCAGCUAG